AUGGCAUAUGACGAUCUGCCUGAGGAAGUCGUAGCCGGCCUCUUCUCUGAAGGCAUCGAGGACGACUCAGAUUCCGACGACGAGGAUAUUGCCCGUUCAACUGAACCAGUUACCUCACAGUCUUACUAUGCACGGAGGCGAAUCGGGGAGUCUUCCCGCAAGCAGCAGGAACAUCUUCGCAAGCUCGAGCUCACUGGCGUGCGCGGUAUGUAUGUCGAUGACAUUGGCUGGAAGCAUAGCAGCGCCCGCCCAGACCCGGAACGCACUCCAGCCAUGGCAAAGCAGGAGGCGAGCAUCUACCGUGCCUUGAAGCGCCGCCGCGCACUUCUGCGUUCAACAGACGCAGCACGAUUCCCGCAGAACUACUGCGCGUACGUUGACGGUCUUUUGGUCAAAUCUCAAACCAUGCCGCACAAUACGACUCUGCCCCAUCGUAAGCGAUGCCUUGUAGCAGGCUACGCACAAGAGAUCGAGUUGUGGCGCCAGGGUGGCGCUUCCUACCGUGCAGCGAGGCAAGACGGGAUUCUCAUAUUCAAGGGUAAUGGUGUUAACCGUCACACUUCGCGUCGCUUGUUUGAUCUUUAG